GCUUCCAGUGGUCCGGCUGCUCGGACAACAUUGCUUACGGCGUGGCUUUCUCCCAGUCUUUCGUGGACGUCAGAGAGCGAAGCAAAGGGGCCGCUUCCAACCGGGCCCUCAUGAACCUCCAUAACAACGAAGCCGGGCGGAAGGCCAUUCUGAACCACAUGAGGGUGGAGUGCAAGUGCCACGGCGUGUCGGGCUCGUGCGAGGUCAAGACCUGCUGGAAGGCCAUGCCCCCUUUCCGCAAAGUGGGCCACGUGCUGAAGGAGAAGUUCGACGGGGCCACCGAGGUGGAGCAGCGUAAGGUCGGCUCCUCGGCCAAGGUGCUAGUCCCCAAGAACUCUCAGUUCAAGCCGCACACGGACGAGGACCUGGUCUACCUGGAGCCUAGCCCCGAUUUCUGCGACCACGACCUGCGGAACGGCCUGCUGGGGACUCACGGGAGGUCGUGCAACAAGACCUCCAAGGCCAUCGACGGGUGUGAGCUGAUGUGCUGUGGGCGGGGCUUCCACACCGAGGAGGUGGACCUCGUCGAGCGCUGCAGUUGCAAGUUCCACUGGUGCUGUUUCGUCAAGUGCAAGCAGUGCCACCGGGUGGUGGAAAUGCACACCUGCCGGUGA